AUGGCGGACGAGCAGAAUGGUGUUCAGCGAUCGAUCAGUAAAAUCAAGCAGUGGAUCGGAUGGUCGUGGACUUAUUUGUGGGGAUUUUGGUUCCUUCUUGUCAUAUUCCUGCUUUACGUGCUUCGUACUCCCCUUCGUCUUAAAGAAAAUCUGAACUUAGGUAAGUCAUUGUUUAUCGUGAAUUUUAGAAAACAUUAAUAGUUCGCAUCUUUUCUUUUUCUUUUUCCUUUAUCUUAGUCCAAAAAAUGACUAUUUUUGUCGUUUGUAAAUUCCAGUAUUCCACAAAAAAUAGGACCUCCCUGUAGAGAUUCAAGAGUUUUCGCGUCUUAGCUUCGUUAAAUUUUAUUCAGAAAACGAAUCGAAAUGACAGAAGGGUGACCGGAUGACAUGACAUUGUGAGAUCAGCUGUUCGAGUUGAUCAGCAUUCAGUUCCACCGCUCGUCUGUUCCGCGUAUCAGAAUAAGAAUUCUGUCAUUUAGUAUUUUUUUAUCUCAUUCCUAACUUGACGAAAAAAUGGUUUAUAUUUAAUUUUUUUACAUUCCCAACCCGCUCGGUGAUGUCCAUUUGUUGGGUGAUGAUCUAUUGAUCUUCGUAAUUUAUGUCUAGCGUUGGUUCCGUUUGUGUCCGAGUGAACAUGUGAGAGUCGCUUUAGCAGGUUAAUUCAAAGAAGUUGUGGGGUUUUUUUUUGUUUGUUUUUCAUGUAAGUUGAAGCUCAAAGCACUAGCUAAGGAAAAGCUUGUUUAUUUUAGCAACAAUCCACUGUAUUAAAUUUGAUAUUCGUUUUCGGCUGAAUAGGAUUCCAUGUCACAAGUUUAUACUAACAGUAAUGACACUUAAUAUUUAUUUAUUUAUUUAUUUAUUUAUUUGUAGCCAGUGAAUACAGCCGCCUCUUGCGGAAAAGACAUCUGCAUUUUGACCUCAAAAAUUCCAUACUAAUGAAGUAAAUCAAUGUUUACAUUAUUAAUCUGGUACAUGUAGUCAUGGGUUCCCAGAUGCAAAUUUAUUUGGAGUUUCUGUUUCUCUUUGUCAAGUAUCGUAACAUUUUGAGAUCAACUAAGUAUUUUGCCCUGGCAAAACCACAUGUAUUAUGCUUUUUUUAAAGUAAAAAUAUUACAAAUUAUUCCUUGGAAAUGAGUGUUUCUUGGUAAAUCCAGUACUUUGUACAUUUUGAUCUUUUUUACCUUUUGUCUUUUGUAUACCAUUUGUAAACAAUAGCUUAUAAAACUAUAAUAGCGCUGCCCGCAGUUACUAUUAUAUUUUAUAGACCCGAAACUCAGGCAAACAAACUGAAAUUAACAUAGACGAAUUCCUCUCUGACUUUUGUUAUUAAAAUGUCAUGCUUGCCUGUCUCUUGUCAUUAAAAUGAGAAAAAUGACAAACUCGGACAAAUGUUACAAAUUAGACACUUUGACAUCAUUCGCAUGCUACGCCAGUGCGCAUAGACCAAUCGUAGAGCCUCUGACCAGUUUUGGACAAAUGUGCAUCAUCAGCAUAAAAUUUUUUGGUUCAAAAUGCAGAUAUCUCUCUCUCAAAAAGUGUCUCAAUGGUAGGAAAUGAUGAGAGGCAGCUGUAUUUACAGGAUAAUUUUUUUGUGAUGUUUCCAAAAUGUUACACAAUAGCACUUUAUAGAAUGAUAUACUUGCAAAAGGUGAUGCUAUAACCAAACUCAGCGCUGAAAGAAACAAACAUUUUAUAGAACACUUCAUGUAGAAUAACCAGAAAUUACUAUAUGCAAAAAAGGAUAGUGUAACAGGUGCAUGGAGUAAGGCUUUUGAUUUAUAGUCAAAUUUUACCUUUGUUUAUAACAAGCAAAUACAAGGUUAGUUUCAAGGAAAAUCUUGCAGUUCAUCAGAAGUCAUGCGGGACUUUUAACGGCAUCACAGGAUCUCCAUGAUAUGGAAAAAAUGCUACAAGAAGUUUAUUUAAAUGUGGUAAUUGGGCAUAGAAAUAAUGCGAAAUAAAGAUCACACUCGUAGGGCUGAAAAUAACAGCCGGUCAACAGACAGUGACCGGCCAAGGUGACCAUUUGUCCUGACAAACUUUCAGUUGGUUGGUCAACUUGACUGGUUGGGAAUAGCAACCCUUAAGAAGCGGUUUUAAAAAAAGCAAAACAAAAAAAGAAAGAAAAUUCUAUGCUUGUCACAUUUCAUUAUCAUAAAAUUGUGUGAAGCAGUAAAUGUUAAAAGGCUUGAAAUUAAUAGGUGAACAAUUAAUUUUUUCUUUGAAAUGUUCCCCAAUGUUGCAAUGUUCCUAGUUUAAAAACAUGGCUAAAACAUGCUUACCUCCAUUGAUCCAUCAAUGUUAAGUUCAUCUUCAAUAGUGCAUGUCUAGGGUUGUUCAGCUCCGCAAAUAUUGUCUAAAUAGCAGAUGUUGCCCUUCGAGUUGUCUUCUCGCUGUUCUUGCCAUGUUUUUAGUUAUUAUUUCGCCCAGUUCUUACUCUUGAAACGAGUGAAAUGUCUACCAUUUUUGUUUUCACAACCAAAACAACUCAACCUCGUCCCCAGGUCUUCUUAGUUAACGGUGCAUUAAGCUGCAAGAAAGCAGCACUUUUGAUGUCAUCGGUUCAUUAAACGCAAAAUUAUUCCAAAUUUGGUCAUCAGUAGCUGGUUGUAGUGAAUUAUGCAUGUGCUUUUAGCCAAUCAGAAUUGGGGAAAUAUUUUGAAUGAAUAAUAAAGACUGUUAGAAGCCAAGCUUGAGAGUAAAGUGUGAUCGCCUUUUUCAAGCUAUCACUUGGAGACUGCAAAAAGUUGAAUCACUCAAAUGACAAUUACAAGGGCAAAUUGCAAGCUACAUUGUAGCAUCUUGUAAAAUAAUUAUAUAACCUCUAGAUGUAUUCCACUAAAGGAUUGUCUGAACUUACUGAGAAAUUAAAUGGAUGGCAAUGAUGUUGAAAAAAGCAUGAUGACAAUGUAAACAUUGAAAAAAUGAGUAGGUCAAAGAAGAAAAAUAAAAGUUCAAUUUUCCUUUGGAAGAACCCUUUAAAAAAAUGUUAAAAUUUCCAUGUAAACUUGAGCAAACAUCUGCUACAGUAAAUACAGCUGAACUGUUCUCAUUCUUUAUUGGUUUCAUGAAUUAUGAUAGAAAACACAUGAUGUACUAGUAUUUUUUGGUUUUUAAUGUUUUUUUUUUUCAAUUAAGUUACAAUUAAGCAUUGUUUGCACAGGAGCCAUACGAUAUAACUAGUUUUUUGUGUUGUUAUGUGCAAAUUAUUUUAGACAAUUUUAGACUCAAGGGCACAUUGUGCUCUUUUCUUAACCAAGUUUUUCUUUUUUUUCCAGCUAUCCUUUUCCUGAACACACUGACUCCUAAGUUUUAUGUUGCUCUCACUGGAACAUCAUCAUUCAUAUCAGGAAUCAUUCUUGUGAGUGUUCAUUUUAAUGAUAAAUCCAUUUAUGUGUCUACCCUUGUAUUAUUUAUUCAGCUUUAGUUUCUGCAAUGUUAGUCUAGUAGUUUUCUCGAAAAUCCUCUAUUAAACACCCCAGAGGGCCUAUUUGUUUCCAACACAUUUGAGGAGGGCUUAAUAGAGACAGGGGAAUGCUUAUUUGAAGUGGGGGGGGGGGGGGGUUUAUUUAAUUAAGGGAAGAUGGUGGUAUCGGUUCUCGAUAAAAAACUAGAAAAAAAAGUGGAAAAGCCAAAGUUAAAGACAUUAAAGGCAAGGCAGCCAGGGGCAAAAAAAAUCUAAAAUCCCAAACCGUAAAUAAAUCACCCGGAAUAUUUUUUUUUUUUUUUUUUUAUAUAUUUUUUUUUUUUUUUCUUUUUUUAUUUUUUUUUUUUUUUUUUUUUGUCUAUGAUUUUUUGUGUUUUUUUUUUCAUAACUCUUUAUAAACACCCCCCACGGGGGAUUUUUUUUUCUAAAAAGGUGGGGGGGGGGAAUAAAAGGGGGGGGGGGUGUUUUUUGGUGGGGGGGGGGGGGGGGGGGCUUAUUUAAUUAAGCGAAGAUGGUGGUAUCAGUUCUCGAUAAAGAACUAGAAUACAAAGUGGAUAAGCUCAAGUUCAAGACAUUGAAGGUCAGGCAGCCAAGGGUCAAACAAAUCUGAAAUUCCAACACGUGAAUAAAUCAUCCCGGAUCACUCCAAAUCAAGUUUCACAGUCAUGAUUGAUUAAUACAGUCUAUCAUUUAUUAGUGAAGAAUAAUAAGGGGGAGGGGAGGGGUCUUAUUAACAUUUUUCCCUGAAAAGGGGUGGUUAUUAGAGAGGUGGAGGGGGGGGCUUAUUUGAGAAAGGAGAGAGGGGGCUUAAUAUAUAAUUAUUCACGUUAAGGGGUUUCAACUUGAAAUAAUUUUCUUGGGAUGAUUUUUUUGGUUAAGACAUUCUUACAUAUUAGUGCAAGAAUUCUAAGAAUAGCCAUAUUUUGUAAAGUUUGUUGAAUAUCCCUGGAAAAUUUGUAGUUACUUCUCCCAAUUGACUGUUUGCUUGUUGCACUGAUGUAGAUAUUUGAAUGGUGGUACUUUCGGAAGUAUGGUACGUCAUUUAUUGAACAUGUUUCGUUAUCCCAUCUCGGUCCUUUAUUGGGUAGCUCGGACAAUACAGCUACAAAUCCUCAACAGAAUGUUGCAGGUGUGUAUUGAUUGUUUUAUCUAGAUUUUUUUUUUUUCUGUUUGCUUUGUGUUUUCAUAUUAUGCAGGUCACUAAGGACUGCAGUGAUUUUGUUACAAAUAGUUAUGGUGAGUCCUGGGACUCAUCUUGUGAAAAAUCGUGGGUGCCAGUCCAGAAUCAUUAAGUCCCAGUCAGAAAAGACGGGGUCCAAAAUCAAAAAUGCUUGGGCCUUUAUGUACAUGUAACCAGACAGUUAAUCUGUAGAUAGACUCCAAAACUCUGUAUCACAGUAUACUGAAAUCAAAAUAUAGUCCUCAUCUAUUUUAAAGCACAACAAAGGUUAAUAUGCAACAGCCGUAAUAACUGCCUCAGAAAUUACACAUACAGGCCGGAUAUUUCAAUCUAAAAAUACACAUGUUCAGAUCAAUCAAUCGAUCUUUGCAUCCUGUGGGAUGCAUGCCAUGAAUUAUUUUGCAUCUUUGGGGAUUUUUAAGCACCAGGGACACAGGACGCAGAGGUAACAAAAUCACUGGGACUGAGGGCCAGGGACGUCCCUCAGCUAUGUUCUCAAAAAAUAAAGAGAAAAUAAAGCCAAACUUCCAAGCUGUUCAAUUCCUUGUCUAUUACAGGGCAGGAAAAACCCAGGUCUAAUUUUCUGGUGCAACUAAAUUUUGAUCUUGGGCAAUUAAAAAUGUUUCCUUGCUCAUGGGAUUGAAGAUAGCCCUUGAAGAUAUUGGUCAAAUCAAGUAGUUACUCUGUUUCCAGCACAGCAUCUAAGUUCUUCUAGUACUAGUAAUCUUAUACACUUUUUAAUAAUCGAUAUUUUAUUAUAGACAGUACCUUAGAACUAUAGAUGAUGCUGCCUUUUGUUUUCUUUGGGUAAGUAAAAUAUAAGUGGGGACAAGUGAAAACAGAAAUUUACUUGCCUUGCCCACUGGGCAAGUGGAUUUCAAAUUUUUUUCCUGCCCCGUAGUAAUAAGGGAUGCAGGACACAGAGGUAACAAAAUCACUGCAUACCUCUCUUCAGUGCACCCACCCACCCCGCCCCCCACAACUUUGUCACAUACUCCUCACUCCACUGACUUAUAUCUUUAACAAAAUUCAUUUCCUUGACAGAAUGUAAAGUUUGGAGAAAUCCUGGCAAUCUUUUCCGAGGCGCAGAAUACAACAGGUAAUGUCUUCCUGAUAGAUAUCUUGAAAAUGACCCUCUAAUUGUUCACUUUGUUCUAUUUGCUGCGACAAAUUUCUGCUUCAUUGGUCUAAUAAUUCCUAUGAAGACUUCCCAGGUUGGUAUAGGUAUGAAUAUUUUGGGUUUCAACAAAACACACUGACCCCCUACUCCCCCCCCCCCCCCCCCCCCCUUCCCCCCCCCCCCCAACCCCCCCCAAAACCCCCACUAAAACACAAAUAAAUCUUACUAAAAAAAAAAAUUAUAUAUAAAAACUCGUCCUUUAUAAUCACAAAAAACUAUAAAAAAUAAAAUAUUUUUAAAAAAAACCCCCCCCCCCCCCCCCCCCCCCCCCCCCUCCCCAUUACUGACCCUCUCUAAAAUCACAGGUAAAUCACAGGUAAUGAACAAAUGACUUGAUCUAACAAAGAAUAUUAUUUAUAACAAGCUGACCUUUAAAUUCACAAGAAUCUAUCAAAACUAAUAUUUUUCGUUAAUUCAAGUCAUUAGCUCCUUUCCUGUAAAUUAUAGAGGGGAUUGGUAAGGGGGCUCAGAAGGGGGUCAAGGUAAGCUAAUGGGGGGCAGUGUUUUUUCGAAACCUGAAUAUUUUUCCAUAUUAGAAGUAUCCAUCAAAUUCUGUUUUUGACAGGUAUUACUGGGUGACAGGAAAAGAACCAUUAACUUAUUACGACAUGAAUCUUUCAGCACAAGAUCAUCAGGUAAUUAUGACUUCUGUUCUCCAAGAAGCACCAGAAAACAGAAUAUUGAUAUUUUCAUCAGGGGGUUUCAAUAACAUUUUCCAUAAGCAGGUGCCACUGGUUAGAUGGCUGUGACCAGGAAAGGAGCCAAAAGGUUCCUUUUCCUUGAAAUCAUAUGCUGUAUAGGCAGCAGUAGACUGCUGGUAACAGCAAAAAUGGCAUGCAAACAGCAAGCUAUUGCAACAACACUUUUCAAAGAACUGCAAGCAAGCAACUGCAUAUAUAAUUCAGAGGCAUCGGGCCACCCCAAGUAUAGCUGGGGAAACUGCUGACCAGCAUUGCUUCAAGGUUAACUUUGCCUAAAUUACAUUUAGCGACAUGUAACCAGCUGCUAUUGAGACCUCUGUGGUCAUCAUGAAAAAUUUCUGAUUGUAGUAAGCAUCGUCUAAAAUUUUCAUUGAGUAACAUUGAUCACAUAUAUGUACAAGAGUUCUAUAGAAAGAUGUGAGGUGAAACAAAUAAAGCUUUUCAAGUUGACUUGCUUUUUCUCAAGGUUUUAUUUUUAAACUAUUUUUGUUUUUCUUGACUUCAGACUUUCUUUACAUGUGAUGCUGAUGCCGAGAGUGCCGAUCCUUCGGAUGAAUGUGAGUGUUAAGUUCCUCAGUCUACUAUGAAUAAGUGUACAAGUUAAUCAAGGCCACAUCCACAUGUAUCCUUACGUUUUUGAAAACAGAGAUUUUUUUCUCCAUUUUCAAAAACCACUCAUCUACACAUAGCAUAUUCGAAUUGUUUCCACCUGUCCACACAAGAACAUUAAAACAAUUGAAAUACACUAACAUCCCUUAUGGAGCAUGCAUGAUUCUUGUAGUAUAUAACAUAUCAAAUCAAUGUAUUUGAAAAACUUAAUUUUUCAACUGUCAUCUCAGUUUAGGAAGAGAGCUUGGUAAAUCCAUCUGCGGAGACCCGGGGGCAGUCAUCAAUUGGGUCAGGAGAAAAGGUGCAACGAAAGUUUUCAAGUACAGACGGAAGAGCCCCCUGGGUACCAACUGACUCACCAGACCAUUUCCAAAUGGUCAACUGAAUGCUGGCUCCUGAUUAGGCUCAAAAAAUGCUUUAAUGAAAAUGCUUUUAUUGUGCUCAAUCAGCGAACAGUAUCUCCUGAGUUCUUUUCAUGUGUUUGUACAUGAUGGCUAUUGUCUCCCAAUACUCAUCCGGCUCAUUCACCGAGAUUGUGCGUACGUACAAGGGAAACUUUCAUUGUCUACUUUCCUAACUAGAAAAGAAGGAAAUACCAAUGACACAGGAAAACAUUUCGGAUGCUAACAGUAGGAACAUUCCAAUUUGCACCGAGCAAAUUCAGUUUGUGACCGAUCAUGAGGUAUCGUAAAUAACAUUUAUGAAGGUGUGAUCAAUGGAAGUUUAAAUAUGUGUGGUAUGCCGCUCAAGCUUGUAUUUUUCGGAAAAGCGUCUUUAAAAUACCCAUACACAUGUUUCCAUGUUUUAGUUGUCAGGUAGACAAUAUUUUGAAAUGGACGGGGUUUAUAUCAAACUGAAAGUUUCCUGACUGUGUGCAUUUCUUUGGUGAACAAAUCGGACAAGUAUGGUGAGACAAUAGCCAUUGUGUACAAACACAUGAAAAGAACUCAGGACAUGCUGUUUGCUGAUUGGACACAAUAAUACAAAUUAAAGCAUUUUUUGUGCCCAGUCAGGAGCCAGCAUUCAGUGGACCAUUUGGAAAUGGUCUGGUAAGAGUCGGUACCAAGGGGGUCUUCCGCCCGUGCUUGAAAACUUUCAUUCUGCCUUUUCUUCUGACGCGACUGACUGCCCAUGGGUCUCUGAGGAUGGGUAAAUCAAGCCAACGCUGAAUCUGGAGCUCAAAGAAGGUAUUGUAAGGUAGUUUUAACUGAACCUUUGUUGAUUGAUUUUAGUAAUGCUUAGAGCGUGGAGAGAAAGAGAUCAAGAAAAGAGAAUAAAAACAGCCCAUCAAGCCAUAGAAAUUAAUCCAAGGUAUGUGAAUCAUACUUGGUACUAAUGGACUUGCAAAUCAUCUUUUUUUAGUUUUCAUAAUUUGAUAUGUAGUAGGUAUGUGUAUUUAGAUUGUCGUACAACUAUAAAAUACUAGUGUCAUGUUAUGUUGGCAACACUUAUUGUUGACGUGACUUUAAUUUCGCGAUUUUUUUUGGUAUUGCAAAAUUCACGAAAUUUACAUGUCACGAAAAUUUGCUGCAAUAAGGGAUAUAUUGUCGAACAAACAGUAAGAGGUCCUCACCUUUUUUCAAGGACUUAAGUUUUUUAAUUCGUUUGACAACGAUGUCGUCAACUCUCAAUCCCUUUCCUCCUUUAAGAAAGUACUGAAGAUUUAAUUAUUAAGUUAAUAUGAAAACCAGCCUUAAAUCUUUCCAUCUUUGACUGUACGCCAUCUUUUCUUUUCUUCAAUUGAUGUAAACAGCUCUAGCCUGUAGUUCAAGGAGGCCUAACCUCUCAUAAGCUCCUAGUUUCUGUUAGGUCUCCUUGCCACUUCUUUUUUCUACUUAUCCUAUAUUAUUUGUAAUUUAUUUUUUAUUGUUGUGUGGCAAAUAAAAUAAAAAUGAAUAAAAAAUGCCUCUUAUCUAAUAAACGCCCUCUGUCUAAUAGAUGCCGCCUAUGACAAUUACUCCAGAUAACUAGGAAUUAGCAAAAAGGAGCAAAAUCAUUCAAUUUAUUCAGUUUCUUGCUUGAUUAGCAAGGUUUUGCAUAUUGUAUCUUGUUCAAUAUUGAGUUCAAAGUAAGAAGGACUUAAAUGAUGGAAGCACUAUAACACAGAGCAAGGAUUCUGACAUCAGUGCUAAGAGUUGGAAAAGUAUGGGGAUCUCUAGACAGCGUACAGCAAAUAAAUUGGUGGACUGAAUUUUCCCCUAUUUUUUAACUCUCUUAAUUUUUUCACGUACAGAAGUAUGUUAAUUUUGUCAAGCUUGUUACAGUUAUGAGAAUAAAUUUCUGCCUGUUUUAAACACCUCCUAUCUGUUAAACAGUUCCUCUUGGAGCCCUACAAUUAAAUAAAUUACCUGGGCAUCUGUUAGAUUAUUUACAGUACGGGUGUGUAUGCAGGAUAGUUGGUUAAUAAGAAUAAUAAUAAAUAAUCUUUACAGAGGAAGCUCCCGUCACAUUGAGUGGUUUUCAGGGAGGUCCACACUAAGAUUAAAUAAUAAGUAUUUAACUGAAGUUAAUUAAUUUUUUUUUCUUUUAAUCAGCUGUCCAACAGCACUAAUUUUACUUGCUGAAGAGGAAGCUCAAACUAUUUUAGAGGUGGGAAAUUCAUCUUUUUAGACAUGAGGAAAUACAGUAAUUAUAACUUCUGAAACCUUGUGGGUGACUAAAAACUGAUAAAUGUAAAUAGCAUAAAUCCUCUAUUAACAUCCGCCCCCCCCCCCUCCCCACCUUCUAAUAAGCCUCCCCACCCCCUUAUCAUGGGAAUAAAGCCCCACUCAAACAUGCUUGAAAUAAAUAAUCACCCGGGGGCUUAACAGAGGAUUUACAGUAGCUUACUCAAUGUGCAGAUGACAUUACAAAUUUGAGCCAUUUUAAGGCUUUUAACUUUAUUUCAGAUCACAACUGAACUUAAUGUCUCUCUUAGGCUGAAAAGUUAUUUAAACAAGCGCUGAAGGCAAGUGAAGCAUUGUUGCGGAACAGUACUUCAGCUAACUCAGACACUAAGGAAGAAGCUGUACAUAGUGAGUGGAAAAAAAAUUGUCGCUCAUGCAUUCUUAGCUCUGUAAGUAGUUUAGACUUGCCACAAGUCGACCUCAGUGAGCUUUUUAGGCCAAGAAGCAGCCAAGCAAGUGGCAAAGUCAGUGGACUUUUUUGAAAGUCUAUAAGUACUUGGGGAUUUUUAGAACCCUUGGGCAAUGUUAAAGCAGUUGUCUGCAGUUAGAGCUUCUUUCUUGAAUGUGUUGUUAAAAAUUUCUGCAUGCUUAUGUGAAGCGACAAACAACAAGACAAGGUUUUUAGGUCUUUAAUGGUGGAGUAUUUGUCGGGCAAAAAGAAUAAAUCAAUGCCUGAUCAAUGUCCUCUUGCAGUAGAAGAUUUUUUCUCCCUUUCUAACAAGUCUGCUACUUGUUUCUAGAACAGUAGUAAAUAAAUAUUGUUCUAGUCUAAAGGAGCAAUUAUUUACCAUGUUGCUUUCCCAGGCUUCAUAAGAAGUUUUCCGUGAUACAAAUUUCUUUACUUACUUCAAUCCUCAGGACGAGACACAAAUGUCUGUGUUUACAUAAGACGAAGGCUUGCUAUGUGUGCUCGGAAACUUGGAAGAGUCAAGGAAGCCAUUAAAAUGAUGAGAGAUGUAGGUGUUUCCUUUGUUUCUUUUUAACAUUCAGUUAUACUACUCAUUAGGUGCGGAUCAAGGAUAAAUUCUGACGGAUUUCCUAAAUGAGGGCCGAAGGUGCAGGCACUAUCUAGCAGGGUCCGAGGGGCAGGCUCCCCCAGGAAAUGUUUUGGAUUUUAACUCCUUAAAGGCCCUUUCCUGGGUUUCCGAGUCAUUCAGGCAGGAUAUUGGCCAGGUUUCAACUUGGAAAGUGUUUUUUAUUAUUAAAAGUAUAUUGUGAAAGGUUUGAACCCAGGAGUCAUUUCAAAAGUAGGUUGAGUUUGAUCGUCCAGGUGAACAUAGUCCUGAAUAGGACUGUUGUUGUUGACAGGGACUGAUCUUUCGACAACCUGUGCGCUAGUCAUCUUUAGAGUCAAAGUGAGUCGUAUCUCGUCAGUUGAUGGUAUUAUACUCUGGUUAUUGAUCUGAUUGGUCAGUUACGUCGUGAUGUUAUUGGUCGUCUGUCAGUUAAGCCGUGAUGUUAUUGGCCAUGAAGACUCGUAAUCAGUAAUUGGUGCGUUUCGAUCCGUCUAUUUUCACAUUAAACAGAUUAUGAAAAUCUGACCGAUUUCCGUAAAAUGCUGGAAACCGGUGUGGAUUCGCGCCUGCUCAUAGUGAUGCUAUUUAAAGGUAUCCAACCUAAAAGUGCCCAAAAUCAAAUACUUUUUAAAAAAGUGUGAUGUCUCUCCUAUUCAAAAGUUGUAGCCUGAGAAAACAGCCAAAAUUUUAAGACACCAUCACUGGUUUCCCCGCAAAAUCAGUAUGGAACUUCUGAACUCGUUUCUCAGACGUCAUUUCACAGGGAAACCAAUGGUUGCAUCGCAAACUGUCAGCUGAUAUCUCAGACUUCAAAAGUUGUUGCAUAAUUUAUAUAAUGCAGCCACACGUAGCUGUUUUUCUGAAUUUUUUUUCUUUUUCUUCUCUGUCAGCUAAUGAAGGAAUUUCCUCUUAUGAGUGUUUUAAAUAUCCAUGAAAAUUUGUUGGAGGCUCUGCUCGAAAUACAAGCUUACUCUGAAGUGCAGGUAUUGAUC